AUGGUCUUCCCAGAUGCCUCACCAGCGAAGCUCAUUCUGCGCGAGCAGCUCCUCAUCGAGGUCAUGCUAAAAACAACAAGACUGUAUGUGAGGCAGCUUAUUCGCCAACCAAGACAAGACUCGUCGAAAAAGUCCACGUUGUAUUGGCUUCAACUGAAGAAAACACACUUGACGACCACCAAGCACGUCCAGUCUGUUUGCGAUCGAGCUUUUGCUGUUCAAGAGCUUGCUGAUACGAUACUUGCCCAUCUUGAUGACUUCCAUGAUGUCUACUGCUGCUUAGCCGUCAAUCGGACCAUCCGCCAUGCAGUCCAACAAUUACUCGCACCGAAGAAGAUGUCGAUGCCUUUCAGGGAGUGCGAGGCUUCACAUCUCUUUUAUAUGGAAAGACAACUCGAUCUUCUGCACCCGCCACAGUUCUGGCAGAGCCACUCUCAACGCUUUCACAUGAACUCCGGUUGUGUUAUGUAUCCAAGGAACGCUCCCUGGCCCCUGCUAGUCUCCAUCUAUGAUGUAACGAAUUCUAUAGGAGAGCUCAGCAAACGUCGUGUCACCAUCGACAUGGGAUUCUCGGCUUCUGGACACUCUCCCGGCGAUUUUCAGCUCGACGGUAGCUGGCUUGCCCUAUCAUUACCAUUGCAAGAUACUGUCACGUGGGCUGUAAGCAUAACGUGCGACUGCCACAGAAGUACUGCCUUUCUGGACCGGCUGAAUGAAGCCGAUCAGCUAACUCGUCCUGUACCUCGAAGAGGCAUACACCUGGUCUUCCCUUACAGACUUGUCACAGAGAACCGCGAUCACUUGAGGCAGGUUGCUCUGUAUGCAAAAAAAGCAUAUUCGAUGCAUCGUCAUUGCCAGAACGACGCUGGUGAUCCGCAAACAGGACUUUCUUCUGUAACUUUCACGGCAUUGAGUCCGGAAGAGUCGCAUUAUGACUUGAUAGAUACCUCUACCCAUACAACACGACCUUCGCCUAAGUUCCGCGCAGAUUGCACGAUAGAGACGCCGCAGAAAAAGCCAAGAAAUGAAGUCCUCGAGGACAUCGUACUAGAGCUCGCUGUACCGCGCUCAGCUUAUACGUGGGCCCAGCUUGUCAAGGACAAUCCUCCAGGCCGCAAUCUGCCUAUUGUCCUUCCAAACCUAGGAUACAUCACUCCUGAAGAUUUUGUGCGUGUUAUAGGACAGUUCGGUCAAAUCUCGGCUUGGGGCAGGCUGAUGGGACGUACUGAGAUGAAGUUGGGCUACUGA